AUGAAGUUCACCGCCGUUGCCUUUGCCGCCCUCGCUACUCUGGCUACUGCCAGCCCUCACCCUCCUCCUCAUCACGGCUGCAAGCCUGCUACCUACUCUUGCCUUCCCAACGACAGCGGUUGGCAAGUGUGCAGCACUGCUGGUCAGUGGGUGUUUGCUGGCACCUGCCCUCCCAAGACUGUCUGCAAGUUCGACAACCAGAAUGGCAGCCCCUAUUGCGUUCCCCCCAACUUCACUAUCCCAUAA